UGUCAACAGCAGUGACAGUGCGGAGUGAGUGACGUUUUAUAAUUAGUCUGUGCUUCGCUGUGGACAUUUUCUUUCCUGCACCGAAUUAUUGUCGAAUGAUUUUGUUUGCUCCGCAUUAGUGCGACUGUUCGGGAAUCUUUGUUUUAAGUGCAUUUGUAAUUGAGUGACAAUACGUUAAAAUGUUUGGACUACGGUUUUAUUUGCUUUUAGUGGCGUUUUGUAGUUGUUCAAUCCUAGGGCGAGGAGAUGAGGCGCCCAAAACGGAGUUGUUAGAUGUGCCACCGAAGACCGUCGAGAGCCUGGCGGCUUCGCAGGCCGUUCAAGGCUUGCCGGAGACGUCGUCUGUGGAGCCGACGACAGUGACGGCGCCGACGCCUGACCCCGACCCAAAGAACACCACUACUAGCACUACUACAACUACAACCACUACGACUACUACUACCACCACGACGCAAAAGCCGCCGACGCCGCCGCCCAAGCCCACGCCGCCCAAGCCGCUGCCCGCCCCCGACCAGGGCACCUGGUCGCUCACCAACAAGACCUCCAACGUCACCUGCAUCGUGGCUCAGUUCGCAGCGCAGAUCAACAUCACCUACCGCAUGACCAAUAACAAUGUGACCUCCUACCGUUCAGAGGUGAUGAACGUGCCAGUCAACGCGACCGUUCAAGACGGCAGCUGCAACGCGUCAUCCACGCAGCAGUGGCUGCUCAUCGGCUGGCCUGGCUCCGACGGCGUCCUCAACACCAUCCGACUCCAGUUCCUCAAGAACGAGACCACCAGGACCUAUGCGUUGAACAGCCUCAACCUCACCGUGGAUGCCUCAGUCCUGGUCAAUGCUUCCGUGCCAGCCGACACUCUGGAGUUUUCGUACGGCGAGGAGUGGGCGACGCCGCUGGCCACGUCCUACCGCUGCCUGCCGGCUACCAAGCUCAGCAUGAGCAACGAGACCUAUGACGCCACCGCCGUCGUCACCGUCUCCCGCCUGCAGGAGGAGGCCUUCAGGACCGUCAACGGCACAGGAUUCAGCGCUGCGCGCGAGUGCGGCGGCGGCGACGUGCCGGACGCGGUGCCGAUCGCGGUGGGCUGCGCGCUGGGCGGGCUGGUGCUGGUGGUGCUGGUGGCGUACCUCGUGGCGCGCCGCCGCUCCGCCGCGCGCGGGUACCUCUCCAUGUAGAGGCAGCGCUGGCAACGCGUGCGCGUGCGCCGUCGUGCGUCCCGUCGGCUGGCGGCGCGCCGCUACCUGUGCCUCAGCCGCGCCGACGCCGGCUGUCGCGGCGUCUAGCACUUUGUGGACACGUCACGGGACACCACCCCCCACGAUAGUAAAACUAUCGAUAGUUUUCAUUCGAAAAAGCCUUCUCCAUCGAUAGGCCUAUCGAUAGUAUCGAUAGUAUCGAUACUAUCGAUUGUUCUAGACUAUCGAUAGUCUGUAAAUUUGCAAUAGUAUUGGGUAUGUUUAAAUUCAUUUUUACAAUAUUUCAAAUGUUUCGCUUGACUUACCAACUAAACAUAUAACUAACAAUAAUAAUCUCACUUGUAUUUAAAAUUACCUGCAUUAGUUAAGUACGGCAAAUAAAAUGUAUUGCCAAUUUUGGAAACAUAUAAUUAAAUGUUAUGGUUAACUAUAUGAAAUAAUUCAAGUAUUCCAAUAACCCUAUUGUUGUGCCUAUUGACUAUUAUACCCAAAUAUUGUAAACGAUACUAUUGUAAAUUGCCAAACUAUCGAUAGUCUAGAACAAUCGAUAGUAUCGAUACUAUCGAUAGUAUUGAUAGCUUUUUAUUCAAAAGCGACAAUAGUAUCGAUAGUUUAUUCUUCACGAGCAACAAUACUAUCGAUAGUAUUGCACAUAUUCAAUAGUAUUGCCUCGUUUUGAGCUAUCGAUAGUAUCGACAGUAUCGAUACUAUCGAUAGGCCAAUCGAUAGUCUUGCGAUAGUUUGACUAUUCGAUAGACUAUCGAUAGUCGACUAUCGAUCGGCAACACUAGUGCCAACACAGGCCACUUGGACACAGGACAUGUCGGAGUUUGCUGCCUUUUGUGCACCAUUAUUCUUGUUUAAUGUAAGUCUCUUAUGUGCAAAGUUUUUGAUGUUAUCCUGUAUUAAGCAUUCGGUGUUUAUGUAUUUGAAACUGUAUUUUUGAAUUCUAUUUGUAAGUGGAUUCUAAUUGUCUUUAUUGUAUAAACAAAUGCAGAUACGUAUUGAUAAACCGAUUUUUGAAACCACGAUUUUUCCUGUUAAAAUAAAUACAAAGUGAUAAAAUACCAACUGAAAACAAAAUCGUGAACUCCGUCUAUUAAUACGAAUCUUGUUCCAAGUCUGCAUAACAUCAUGCAAAAUUAAACUCCGAUAGUUGUACCAAAACUAUCAGUCACACUCUACUGAAUCUGUUAAUAAAUGUUCGAACCGUACGGCUUAUGUUGUAGCCGUUGUAUCCAUUGAAAAUUCAUUGACGUGUUCACAAAAUGUACAAAUAUAUUAUUUUAUAUUGGUAAUUCCAAUUCACGCGAAAGUGAAGCGAUUCGUUCCAACGCAAUUUAGAAAAUUACAUUUGCUCAAAAGUUACAUUCAUUUCCAAAUCUAGAACAAUGCAGAGCUAAUUAGUAUAUUAAACAAUUGUUAACUAUGUGAGAAAAUGAUCGAAUUAAAGAUAUACUAAAUAUUUGUAGCCUUUAAAGUAUUAACCACUCGACUCUAGUACGAGCAUCGCGUAAAGUGGCAUUUCUAAAAAAAUAUAAUAAAAAAACAUUUAGCUGUUGUGUUAUUUAGCUAUCGUUUAUGUAUCUUGGCCAUAAUAGUAGGAUAGUUUCAUCGCGAUAUAAAAUCUCAUCUGAACAUCCUAGAGCACGUAGAUAAAUGUUUAACAAAUCCAUUAUUGUUUAGCAAAGUGACUAUUAUUGAGUAAACAAAUAUAAAAUACUAUAGAAAUGUGAUUAUAAUAGACUUACAAAACAAUGGUAGAGGUCUUUUUUAAAAGUCAUAUAAUUUUGUAUUGUAUCUGUAUAAUUUUAUAUCUGAUUUUAUGUUAAUGUGUAUUUUAUCGUGAUUUAUUGUUUCCAAAGAAUUUCCGGUUGGUUCAUCAUUCGAGUUAUACUGCGGUAUAACGCGUAACGGCAUGACAUUACGAUUAAAUGUAUGUAUUUCUGUCCAAUAAAAUAUUCCGUAAAAGAUGCCUGGUAGACAUAGUUAGUACGUAAAGAUAUGCAGUGUCUUUUACUAUACAUAGAUAGUAUUCUAAAUAAUUCUAUAAGAGUAAAAAUUGUGUGCUGGACAUUUCAUUGCAAAUAUACCAACUUUCAAAUGUUACUAUAAAGCCGGUAGCACACUGGACGACUCAGUCGAAUCACAUCGAAUCGUAGAGAUGUGUGGAGAGGAUUUUCUAACAUCGUUUAGCGGAGGUGUGCCACCGGCGUAAUAUGUCGCAAGGAGAUUGAGCCAGGCAACAUUAAUGCAAUCAUUUCAGUCCUUAUUCGUAAUGUAAAAAAGGCAAUGGAUUGCCCAGUAUGUUAACGACCUAUGUCAUUUACAUUUCCUAUUAGAUUUAAUUUCAGUUUUCUUAGUUUAAGUACCGUAAAAUAGAAUGUAAAUUGUGUUGCCAUCUUUGGUAGAUACUAUUACCUAAGUUGGCAACACUUAUAAGCCUUUGAUUAGGUGCAAUGCCGUUUGCUCAAAAAAGUUUUUGUCUUUCCUUACUCAAGAAGUAAAAGAAGAAGGAAGAAAAAGAGCAAGGAGAAAAAAACUUUUUUGAACAUACGUUAGUAAACCCUUUGAAUACAUCACAGGCUGUAUGCACCAACGGAUAAAUGUGCCCUACGUACGAGGUACGCAAUAAACUGUCUUAUCGGGCAGUUGGGUAAAACAGCCAAAAUAGUUUUAAGAUGACAAAAAUAUAACUUCAAAACUACGGCUGUCAAAGACAUAGGUCGUUCGCUCGCAAGCAAAAGGUCCCGGUUGAAGUCGAUUUGGGUAGCUAUAGGGCGACGCCGGCCUGUGGGUAUUUUGAGUUUUAUCACCUUAACAAUACGUACCAAUUUCAAUUAGUUCGCGCAUCAGUUGCCGGCCCACAGGCGGCGUCAGAGACUGUAAGAUGUGAAGAGAAUAAAAAUGUUUUUUAUUGCCA